AUGUUUCUGUCGUACGCCGCCGUGGCAGUGUUUACUUUUGCGAUUUUGUUGAAUAUCUUCUACCUGCAGUACUCGCCCGUCGAAUCAGCCGCAACCGGUGGUUUGUACCCAUUGUGCGAGGAUUGUCUGAAGUCGGAGUGCCACGUCAAGCAUAAUAGGCCGUGCAUAACCAGAUGGGACCCUCAGUUCAAUUUCACAUGUUACACGUGUGAACCCGAAAAUGGCAACGAACAGUUCUAUUCCAAAGAUGAAUGCGAUAAGGGCUGCACGGACCCGUUGAAGAUGUGCGUUUGUGACAUAUCGUGUUUCAUGUGCAUCGUAAAAGAGGGCACCGAUUUGAGUAAAUACAAGAAGUGCACCGUAUCAAAACCGGAGGAGAAACCAACGUGCGUGUAA